AUGAUCGAUUUUAGAGUUAAACUUACACGAGCUGAUCAGAGCAAGCAGACGAGCAAGAGAUUCACUAUCAGUAAGCAGCCGAAAGCGACCGUCGAACGGAUAAGUAAGCGAAUAACAAAAAUAAAAUGAUUUGCGGCGAACGUAUCGUUCGAAAAAGGAAUCCGAUUGAUAAAAUAUAAACAAACUUGUGGAGUUCCAAGUGAGUGAAAUGCCGACAAAUUUUUGCUAGACUACACCAGGUUAGGUUAGGUUAGAUUCGUUAGAAAGUGAAGGUAACCUAAAACAGCGAGAAAAUGUAUUACCGAACGUGUCGUGGAAUCGCGUUAAUGCGAAACAGACAAUUUAGCACAAACGUUGGUAAAAAUUUAUUCAAAGAAUACGACAGCUCGAAAUCAACGGUACACAGUGAAAGGAAGACAAAUCUUCGCGCCACUCUCCACUACGUCACAGCAGCGGGUGUUCUUGCUGUUGGUUUGAGCUACGCCGCUGUGCCUUUGUACAGGCUGUUUUGUCGGGCGUACAGUUACGGUGGAACAACAGCGACUGGGCAUGAUGCCUCCAAAAUAGAAACUAUGAAAUCGAUCCAGAAUCGCCAGUUCAAAGUCAGAUUCAACGCAGACGUCGGCGCUAGCAUGAGGUGGAACUUCAAGCCGCAACAAAAUGAGAUUGACGUUGUGCCCGGAGAAACUGCGCUCGCAUUUUAUACUGCUACAAAUCCAUCGGACAAACCUGUCAUCGGCAUAUCCACUUACAAUGUUGUUCCGUUCGAAGCUGGCCAGUACUUCAAUAAGAUACAGUGUUUCUGCUUCGAGGAACAAAUGCUGAAUCCACAUGAACAGGUGGACAUGCCGGUUUUUUUUUACCUGGACCCGGAGAUUGUGGAGGAUCCCAAGCUGGAAUAUAUUGAUGAAAUAACGUUAUCCUACACUUUUUUUGAGGCCAGAGAUGGUCUGAAACUUCCCCUACCUGGCUAUGCUAAUAGGCACUCGUAGUAACGUUUGAUCGAAUCGAUUAUUUAUUCAAUAGGUAAUUAUGUAAUAUCCUAUUACGAAAUAUUAGCGCAAAUUACUGUAUAGACAACAUAUAUGUAUAUAUAUUUAUAUAUUCUAAUAUACAUGUAUAUACAUACGUGUAUUUGAAGAUU